UGUGUGUGUGUGUGUGUGUGUGUGUGUGUGUGUGUGUGUGUGUGUGUGUGUGUGUUAUUCAAUGGCCUGGUAAUGUUUAUACAUGUACGGUAAUAUUCAUACUAGGUGCUAGCAUUGGAAAUGGCAUAGUGCUAACGCCAACCCGUUUAAUUUUUGUAUUAUUUUAUACAUAAACACCACCUGCUUUGGUUGUCCGUAAGUUUUCGCCCUUGGAUCUUGUCCUUUGAUUUACUUUUACAGUUUGAAAUGUCUGCAUCUUUUGUCGAGCAUUUUGAGGAUGCAUGAAUAUAUUGAUGUACAUUUCUGUUUCAGGUUAUUAAUCAUGGCGACUACACUAUAUCAAAUCGGUGGAGAGGGAGGCAGUCCAUUUACUUUCACUGGCCGUGACAAUGGUGCCACCCUGAAGAAGAUCGGUGUGGCAGUGGGCGGCUGGCAGAUCAAAGCUGUGCGGGCAGAACUGACCGACGGGCGUGUGCAGACCUUUGGAAAGGGUCACACUUUCAAUGAGUUUACGUUUGAACUUGCCGAGAGCAUCACCAGGCUGUCCCUGUGGGGGAACGGUGCCGGAACACGUCUGGGUGGCAUCAAGUUCUGGACGAGUUCUGGACGCACAUUCUUCCAGUACAUGAGUGACUGGGGACUGAAGACCGAGUACUCCAUCGAUGUGGGGUCUGGAGUCUGCCUGGGGUUGGAGGGGAGAGCUGGCUCAGACAUCGACAAUAUGGGAUUCCUCUUCAUCAAUGCCAUCAAGUCGUCUGUGCUAACCGACAUGACCUAUCCCAGCCUGGCCAUGUACACACCCCGGGUAAACAAAGAAUAUAUAAAGUCGUUGACUUAUCAAAACGACACUGCUGCAGAUCAAGAGGAUAAAUUUUCGUACGGCAGAACUGUGACCAAUUCUACCACCUGGAGCACCACCAAUAAGAUUGAGUCCACCGUCAGCGUGUCUGUUACAGCAGGGAUCCCGGACCUGGUGGAGGUGUCUGCUGGGUUUAGCUUGACCACGGGAGAGGAGCAGACCUCCUCAAUGACCAAAGAAGAGACCAUAACCGAAUCAGAUGAGGUCACUGUGACGGUCCCGGCAGGAAAGACUGUGAAAGUUGAGGCGUCAGUGGGACGAGCAGUCAUCGACCUCCCCUACUCGGCCACAUUGAAGAUCACAUGCCUGAAUGGCAGCAAGCUGCAGUUCCAAACCACCGGCAACUACAAGGGUGUGGCUUACACUGCAGUGGAUGUAAAAACCACUGAGUCUUAAAUAUGUGAAGAAAAUCGAAUAAGAUGCAUCAACAUCUUACUGUAUACAGUUUUAAUAUUGAUUGCAUAACAUUGGUUUGAUUGCUAAUGUAGAGUGACUGUCGCAGAUAAAUAAAUCAUAAACCUGCUUGUGUUUCCAU